UUAAAUAAAGAUGCGACCUGGAAACAAAUCUUUAACCAUAGUUUAAUUUUAAGAUGUGGUUAACUAAACAGUUUUAGGAGCUCAAAGCUAAACGUUCACAUCUUAACUUGUCAAACUGAAAAACACGAAGGACAAUCUAAAUUACAUGAAACAUCUUAAAGAAUCAGAAAACCUACUGACUUCUAGUUUCUAGACGGACAUUUUGUUGUAGGACAGGAAGAAGGUAGAGAGAGCGGGAGGGUUCAUUUGGACCAAGCAGCUGUCACUUACUUUAUCAACACGAGCCACUUCAGGAUUAAUAUUUCAGUGUAACUGCAUCUCAACUGAGAAAACAGAACUGAAAGGGAAAAUUGCGUAAAUAGUAUAUUAGCUAGGUAGGAUGGAGAAGCUUGAGAGUUAUAUUUUCUCCAUUGUUUGCAGUACCUUUUUUCUCGUUUCUUGCUUUUUAUUUUCCAAAAUCACACGGGAGCAAAGAGACCCUUACAUGGACGAGAUCUUUCAUAUUCCGCAAGCUCAAAAGUAUUGCGAAGGCAGGUUCGGAGAGUGGGAUUCUAUGAUAACCACACUACCUGGCUUGUAUCUGGUGUCCGUUGGAAUAAUUAAGCCCACUGUCUGGCUGGCUGGAUGGACAGGAAAAGCUGUUUGUUCACCUGGAAUGCUACGGUUUAUUAAUCUCCUUUUCAGCUGUGGAAAUCUCUAUUUGGUCUAUCUAAUUUUAUGUAAACUGCAUCAAAAAGACAAGUCUGUCACUGCAUCUAAGAGAAUCCUGUCAGCUUUGGCUCUUUCAACGUUUCCAGUGCUCUAUUUCUUCACUUUUCUGUACUACACGGAAUCAGGGUCUACUUCUUUUCACUUUUUGCUUACUUAAUGUGUCUGUAUGAAAGUCACAAAAUCUCAGCCCUCCUAGGAUUUUGUGCGGUUAUGUUUCGCAAACAAAUAUCAUCUGGGUGAUUUUCUGUGCUGGACAUGUUGUAGCUCAGAAGAUGACUGAGACCUGGAAGACAACUGUCACCAAGAAAAAGGAGAAUAAGAUAGCUUCGUCAACAGAUAUAUCUAUAAC